GUUUCGAUCAUUGCACAUAAUAUGUCCAUGGAUCUUGUCAUGACCAGCAGAAGCAGGAGGAGAGGAGGCUACGGCUGCAAGGAGAGCUGCCAUGGCCACUGCCUGCCUCCUCACUCUGUCAAAUGCCUCUGCCUCUACCUGCUGCUCUCGCUGAUCCUCCUCGUCAUCGUCGCGGCCGUGCUGCUCGUCGUCUUCGUCACGAGGCUCAAGAAGCCGACCUUCUACCUGCAGUCCGUCCAGAUGGACAGGUCGUUCAGCCUCCGGUCGUCGUCCUCGAACCGCAGCGGCGACAACGCGACGUCGUCGUGCUCGGUGGCGUCGCUACUGUUCGCGGCGCAGAACCCGAACGGGCUCGGGAUAAGGUACAGCGCGGCGGACCUCGGCGUGGCCUACGCGAACGAGUCGGUCGGCGCCAUGGACGUGCCGGUGUUCUACCAGCCGCCGCGGAGCAGCAACGUGACGGUGCUCAUGCACGCCGUGUUCGAGGAGUCCAACGUCAGCCGGCUCGUCGUCAGCGAGCUGUCGGCGCAGAGGAAGCUCGUCGAGAUCAGGAUCGCCGGGAGCAUCGACGCCACCACGCACAUCAUGAACUUCCCUCUGCCAAAGCUUCAGUUUACGCUCGAUUGCAGGAUAGCAACUAACUACACCGACAUAGUGCUCCGGGAAGGGAUCGAGUCCGCAACUAUACGCAAGGAAAUCCAAGUAUCUGCACUGCCUCACAUCUCACAGAAGUGCUCUAUAAAGCUUGACAUGAGGUCGAGAGGGAAGAGGACAAGGCUUGCAGAUUUAGGAUGCUGAUUUCGUAGAAUUUAACCUUUUGUUUUGUUUGCGUAGUAGUAGAAUUUAACUGAUUCAUGUACAUGGCUGUUUUACACUUAGAAGACUAUUCUUUGCGUAGUAUGCUCCCAUGCCAGGCAAUGUAAAUGUAUUCAA